AUGGCUACCAACAAGAGUCUCAUUUUCAAGAAAAUUCCCCAGGGAUACCCCGUCGCGGGGGAGCACUUGACUAUCGAGGCCGCCGAGUAUGACGCCAACGUUGCCGCUCCCAGCAAUGGCGUGGUUUUCCAAUCUCUCUACACCAGCUUCGACCCCUAUAUGCGUGGCCGCAUGCGUCCUGCUGAGAUCAAGUCAUACGCUCCUGCCUUUGACCUGAACAAGCCCGUUCAAAGCGCCAGCAUCGGCAAGAUCGUGCGCUCCAACAACGCCAACUACAAGGAAGGUGACUUGGUCAUCGGUCACGUCCCCAUCCAAGAGUACAUUGCCCUCAGCGAGCCGGAGCUGGUCCGCAUCCGAAAGCUCGAGAACCCCCUCGGUAUUGAGGACAUCCGUGUAUUCCUCGGACCCCUGGGCAUGCCCGGUCUGACCGCAUACUCCUCCUUGUACGAAAUUGGCAAGCCCAAGAAGGGCGAGACCAUCUUCGUCUCAGCUGCCAGUGGAGCUGUCGGCCAGCUGGUCGGCCAGCUCGCCAAGCACGAGGGUCUGCGCGUUAUCGGAUCCGUCGGAUCCGACGAUAAACUCGAGUACAUCACCAAGACUCUCGGCUUCGACGGCGGAUUCAACUACAAGACCGAGAAGCCCGCUGAUGCACUUGCCCGUCUUGCACCGGAGGGUCUGGACAUCUACUAUGAGAAUGUCGGUGGCGAGCACCUCGCUGCUGCCCUCGACGCUAUGAAGAACUUCGGCCGUGUCGUCGUUUGCGGGUUGAUCUCCCAGUACAACACCACCGAUCCCUACCCCAUCAAGAAUAUUCACAACGUCCUGGUCAAGCGUCUCACCAUGCGCGGCUUCAUUGUCGGUGACAAGGGCAUGGGCGAUGUCUACACCAAGGAGCACCAGGAGAAUGUGCAGAAGUGGAUCAAGGAUGGCUCUUUCAAGGUGCUCAUUCACGAGGAUGUUGGCAUUGACAACGCUGCCGAUGGCCUGAUUGGCAUCUUCCACGGCAAGAACAAGGGCAAGGCUGUCCUGAAGUUCUAA